CACGUCUCCUAUUUUUUGUCUAUCCACCCAGAGCCAGAGUUUAAAGCUGUCUUCACAAACCUUGGUUCGACUGCAGCUGAUGGUCCAAGCUCAAUUGGCAGUCACUAUACCGGGCAAGAUCAUGACGGACAAGUUACCGUGUCCAGCGGUAUUCAAUUGUGGACUGUGCCAUACUCUGGAGAAUAUAAAAUAGAAGCAAUAGGAGGUGCAGGGUGGUACGGUAAGAACAGUGUCGUCCAGAACGGAGGAAGAGGAGCCAAGUUGAUUGGAAACUUUAUUUUGACCAAAGAUGAGAUCAUUCGUAUACUUGUUGGACAUAAAGGAAAGAGAGGGCCUGGCUCCAUAACAACUACAGGAGGCGGGGGAGGUACAUUUGUGGUGAGAGGAAGCAAUACGCCUUUAAUCAUAGCUGGAGGUGGUGGGGGAAUUAAAAACAUGUCAGAGCGACAUUCAGGAUGUGAUGCAUCCCUAAGCACCACAGGGAAUGCAGGGUACUCCUCGCCAUUGGGGUCAGGAGGAACUGGCGGAAAUGGAGGAGGUAGCGCUGGUAAUAGGCCAGGUGGCGGCGGCGGCGGCUUUUAUGGUAAUGGGGGAGGAGGAGGUAAAGGUGGCAAAGGAUUUCUCAAUGGUGGAAAGGGUGGAACGUAUCACGGUGGGUUCGGAGGUGGCGGCGGAAAUCCAGCUUACUCUGGGGGAGCUGGCGGCGGUGGAGGUUACUCUGGGGGAGCUGGAGGUGUUAAUGAAGAUCCCUCUUGUGGUGGUGGAGGAGGAUCUUUUAACAGUGGAACAAAUCCGGAAAAUGAAUGUUGUUAUAAUACGGCUGGAAAUGGUAAAGUGACUAUCACCUUUAUCGAGUGAACAAUGCACAUGGCAACAAAACAUUAUUGUGGAAUUUUACACAAUUUCAUAAUUCUUAAUAUAUUGAAAAAAUAUAAGACAAAUUACGGCUUCUGUCAUAUCGUGAUAUUAGUAUAUACACAGGCAAUCUCAGAAGAAAUAGUGCACCAUUCGAUUUACUUGCACAUUCACAGAAGGCAUUAAAAA